AUGUUCCUCAAUACUAUGACAUUCGUUGUGGCGAGCCUGGCUGCUGUCACCGAUGCCGCUCAGAAUUCCGACAAACAAGAGAACGUCCAUCGUGUCAAAUCUCCAUCGACUCUGGUUGAUGAGACGGCCUCUUCGAAUUGCCACGACCAAGCCCAUCUGCCACAGGUCAAUCAAGACCAGGGACAGCAGCCGCGUCUUCUCUCCUCCAACGACGAUUCCAUGGACCAGGCUCCUGAUGUGGACACGACGCUCUCUACAAUCAAACCGCAGAAUGACGACAACAUCGUCUUUAACAAGAAACUGGCAGUCUCAAGUUUUUUGCAAACAAACGAGACGCAGCACAGCCCGUCUUUGCGGUUGUUAGACCACGAGACUGGCCAAGUUAUUGAAUGGGUGCAGUUUGUGGUUCAGAGGCUCCCCGAUGGAAAUGAUGACGCGGCGGAGUUUUGUCAUGGGGAAGUUGAUACAGAGGACACAGAGCAUCUCGACCGGGAUGAUGAUGACCCGGGGGAUCUCUGA